AUGAAGAUCACCAGUGAUGCUGAGCCGCUGCCAGGCUGGAAGAAGUGGCUGGGAAAGCUCCGUGCUGCCCGACAGCUGAUCGAUAGGGGCUGUGAGGAGUGCCCAAAAAGUGAGGACGUGUGGCUGGAGGCGUGUCGGCUUUCGGUGGAUGAAGCCGCCAAGAAGGCUGUGAUUGCACGUGGGGUGAAGGCAAUCCCCAGGUCGGUCAAACUGUGGAUGCAAGCGUCUAAGCUCGAGGGGGAUGACGUGGACAAGAGGAGUCGAGUGUUGAGAAAAGCACUAGAGCACGUUCCAUACUCAGUGAAGCUGUGGAAGGCGGUUGUGGAGCUCGCGAAUGAGAAUGAUGCCCGUCUCCUGCUGCAGAGGGCGGUCGAGUGCUGCCCAUUUCACGUUGAGCUGUGGCUGGCACUUGUGAGGCUCGAGUCGUACGAGAAUGCAAAGAAGGUGCUGAACAAGGCCAGGUCAAAGCUUCCUAAGGAGCCAGCCAUAUGGAUCACGGCCGCAAAGCUUGAGGAGAUCAAUAGUGGUGGUAGUAACGAUAGAAACACCGAAAAGAUUAUAGAAAAUGCAACUAAGGCUAUACAAAUGGACAGGGAAUCGUGGAUGAAAGAGGUGGAGGCGGUCGAGAGAGGCAGUUAUGUGGCGACCUGCCGGGCUAUAAUUUGCUGCACUGUUGGGAUUGGGGUGGAGGAAGAGGAUAGGAAGAGGACGUGGGUUGCUGAUGCUGAGGAGUGUGAGAAGAGAGGUUCGAUUGAGACAGCUAGGGCCAUCUAUGCCCAUGCACUCACUGUAUUCAGGACCAAAAAGAGCAUAUGGGUUAAGGCAGCUCGGCUUGAAAAGAGCCACGGGAGCAGGGACUCUCUGGACAAGUUGCUGCGUGAGGCCGUCACCUAUGUGCCACAUGCGGAGAUUCUGUGGCUUAUGGGCGCCAAGGAGAAGUGGCUUGCUGGUGAUGUGCCCUCUGCUUGUGCCAUUCUGGAGGAAGCUUAUGCGAAGAUCCCGAACUCAAAUGAGAUUUGGCUUGCGGCCUUUAAACUGGAGUUUGAGAAUCAUGAGCCCGAGAGAGCCCGGAUGAUUCCUGCGAAGGCACGUGAUAGGGGAGGUAAAGAAAGGGUUUGGAUGAAAUCGGCGAUUUUAGAAAGAGAAUUGGGCAAUGCUGAAGAGGAGAGGAUUUUGCUGGACGAGGGGAUUAAACAUUUCCCGUGGUUUUUCAAACUCUGGCUGAUGCUCGGUCAGCUAGGAGAGAGGCAGGGCUCGGAACAAAAGGCAAAGGAAGCAUAUGAGUUGGGCAUCAAGAACUGCCCUGGUUGUGUUCCUCUCUGGCUUUCGCUUGCCCGCUUGGAGGAGAAAGUAAAUGGGCUGAGCAAAGCCCGUGCUGUCCUCACCAUCGCCCGAAAGAAAAACCCUCAGAAUCCUCAGCUCUGUCUUGCUGCCGUCCGGGCUGAAAACCGGCAUGGUAACAAAAAGGAAUCUGAGAUACUAAUGGCAAAGGCACUGCAAGAAUGCCCUAGCAGUGGCAUCCUGUGGGCUGAAUCUAUCGACAUGGCUCCUCGUAAAAAAACCUACUGCAGGGAUGCAUACACAAGGUGUGGGCCCCAUGACCCUCAUGUUCUUGCUGCCGUUGGGAAAACGUUUUGGCGUGAUGGCAAGGUUGAGAAAGCCCGAUCUUGGUUCAACCGGGCCGUUGAGCUUGGCCCGGAUAUUGGGGAUUUUUGGGCGUUGUAUUACAAACUGGAACUCGAGCACGGUACUGAGGCGACUCGGAGUGAGGUGUUGAGCAGGUGUGUGGCAGCAGAACCAAAGCACGGCGAAAAGUGGCAAUCCAUAUCAAAAGCUGUGGAGAAUUCACACCGGCCUACUGAAUUCAUCCUGAAGAAAGUGGUUAUUGCACUAGGGGAGGAUGGAUCUAAAUCCUAG